AUGACGCCGUUUACAAUGCAAGAACGUGGCUUUGCUCUCGGAGACUCCGUGAUGUUCUGGCUGCUGUGUUUUCUCUCAUGCAUCGGUGGUUUAUGGUAUAGCAUUAUCGGUUCCAGAAGAAUAGGAAUUAUGGAUCUCAGAGGAUAUCUCUUGGGUAGAUCCAUGUCAAUAUUACCAAUUGCUAUUUCACUUAUGGCGAGCUAUCUAUCUGCAUUUACAAUUGUAGAUGCACCGUCUGAGAUAUAUAAUUAUGGCUUGCAAUAUUGGCUAGUUGUCUUUGGAAUACUUUUCAGCUGUAUAAUAGUGAGCUUGGUGUAUCUGCCAGUGUACUUCACGUUAAGCCUAUCAUCCUCUUAUGAAUACUUAGAGCUACGCUUUAACAAGCAUGUACGAGCUGUUGCUUCGAUCCUGUUCUUAUUCGAUGAGGUUCUGUUCUUGCCGAUUGUAGUGUUUAUUCCCGCCACAGCAUUAAAUCAAAUGACCGGCUACAGCGUUAUUACCACUGGAGCCGUUAUGGUGCUGAUAUGUGGUGUAUAUACUGCAUUAGGUGGACUUCGAGCAGUGGUAUGGACAGACGUGGCGCAGAUGUCAAUAAUGUUGUUGAGCAUAUUGUUAGUCGCACUCGUCGGCACUAUUGUUGUCGGUGGUGUGGUGGCUGUAUUCGAAAUAACAAGCGUCUCAGGCAGAACUGAUCUGAGCAAUUGGGACAUAAUAUCUUUUUAUAAACGUGAGACGCCAUGGGGCGCGCUCAUCGGUGCGAUGAGUUACUGGACAUGUUUCAACUCCGUCAACCAAACCAUGGUGCAGCGAUACAUCGCUUUGAAUACUAUAGGAAAAGCUCGUGUAGCGAUAGGUAUAUUCGGUGUCGGUUCGAUAAUGACUAUCACUUUAUGCGUGUAUUGUGGUCUGGCUGCGUAUGCUACGUGGGUCACGACUGGCUGUCAUCCUCACGCCGCCCCCAUUGUCGAUGAUAGAUUAUUGCCCGCCUUCGUCACAUAUAUGGCCAACAGAUGUGGCCUUCCCGGCCUCUCUGGUAUCUUCCUAGCAGGAUUAUUUGGAGCUGGACUCAGCUCACUAUCUGUAAUACUGAACGCUUGUGUAUUGGUGAUACUAGAAGACUUGCUCCACGGCUGGCUGCAGAUACGACUAACGCCGUUUAAAGAAGGCUUGGUUGUUCGAGCUAUGACAAUGGUAUUAGCAAUCUUCUCAUUGAUCAUGUUGGUGCUCGUCAAAGAACUGGAAGGAAUGCUAGGUGUAUCAACAGCUUUAUCAGCUAUUACAGCAAGUAUAACCUGCGGCAUCUUCACCCUUGGCCUAAUGUGCAGCUGGGUGGGGCCACGAGGAGCUAUAACCGGUGCUCUUGCAGGCGCCGUUGUAUCAUUUUACUUCGCUGUGGGAUCUCAUGUAGCUAAGUCCAUGGGCCUACAUGAAUUACCCAUAGGCGUUAGCAUGCAAUGCCCCAAUAUCACGAGUUUUCAGAACAUAGAUGUUAAUCUCGAUCCAGAGUCGAUAUUCCCUUUACUUCGGAUCUCCUUCCAGUGGGUGUCACCUGCGGGUCUUUUAACGACUCUCAUAGUUGGUGCUAUAGUAGGAAGAUCGUUUGACGUCCAAGAUAAGAUCGUGAUGGAUGCAGAGUUAUUUAGUCCGGUAGUGUGGCGGUUUCUCCCCGCGAAGGCGCUUGCAGACGCGGGUGAAGUAAGACUCUCCCGGAAAUCCCAAAGUCUCAUUCAUUCUCGAUUUACACCCCUAACUAUAACCCCCAAAAACAAGGUAGAAAAUAAUAACCGGCCUAGUAGUAACAACAAUCAUAACUAG